AUGUCUACCCCAAAGGUAUCGAUUGACCGGGCGACGCCUAAUAGCUCAGAAGGAUCAGAUCGACUCGAAGUUGAAAAACCAUCCACAGCAUUCCCAGAGGGUGGUACUCGAGCUUGGAUGGUCGUUUUAGGGGCAUUUUGUGUUUCUUUUUCAACUUUCGGAUACAUGAACGCUUUUGGAGUCUACCAGGAAUACUAUACCGAGCAUUUUCUCUCCAACGAAACUGCAUCCAAUAUUUCUUGGAUUGGGUCUGUGCAGGUCUGCUUUCUCUUCUCUGGUAGCCUUGUCGGUGGGCCAUUGUUCGACCGAUAUGGCGCUUCGAUCAUUCAUGUACCAGCGAUCGGCAUUGUGCUGUCAGUAAUGAUGACAUCUUUGUGCAAAAAGUACUAUCAAUUCAUGCUUGCCCAAGGGGUCUUGGGUGGGAUUGCUUCUGGCAUGCUAUUCGCACCUGUUAUGACAUGUGUGAGCCACUACUUUCAUAAUCGACGUGCUGCAGCUCUCGGUGUGACAGUCUCCGGAUCUUCCAUCGGGGGAGUUGUUUUUCCCAUUGCCUUGAGCAAGAUGCUGGGAAAUGAAUCUUUGGGAUUCGGAUGGUCCGUCCGAAUUGUGGGGUUCAUCAUCUUGUUCAUGGUAUUGAUAGCCAUGGUCACGGUUAAAGAGCGACUUCCUCCUCGUUAUGGCAAGGUUCUUUUGCCCGCAGCUUUCACUCGCGCUCCUUACACGCUCGUCACGCUCGGUAUCUUCUUCAUGAUGUGGGGACUUUUCACUCCAUUUUUCUAUCUUCCGCAAUAUGCCCAGUCUCAUGGCAUGGGCUCGCAGCUUUCUUCUUACCUUCUGUCCAUCCUCAAUGCUGCCUCGGUUUUUGGCAGAAUAUUACCGGGUAUGGUUGCGGAUAAGAUUGGUCGCUUCAACAUCUUGAUCAUUACCAGUGUCUGCACAGGCAUUCUACUUUUGUGCUGGAUCGCGAUAACUUCGAAUGCAUCAAUCAUUGUCUUUGCGGUGCUCUAUGGUUUCUUUUCUGGUGGGAUCGUGUCACUGAUGUCUCCUUGCAUUGCUCAAGUGACCCCAAGUCCGGACCAGAUCGGCACCCAUCUCGGCAUGUCAAUGGCCAUUAUUGGUCUUGCUGGUCUGACCGGGACCCCGAUAUGCGGUGCUUUGUUGGAAAGAUAUGGAACUUACACGCAGGCUGCAGUUUUCAGCGGCGUGGUGAUGUUGUUCGGAUCCGUUCUGGUAGCUGGGGCGAGGUUGCAUCUACAGGCAAAGCUCCUGAAAAUUGUGUGA